GCACCCCUACGAUGCGCCGCGCGCCAUGCCGCCCUUCGCCCCCGACGAUCUCUAUGCUCGCCUGCCCGGCCCACCGGGGCCACCGCCGGGCGCGGAUCGCUACAGGCGGCCAUCAGCCUAUGACAUGCUGUCAGGUGGCGGCGGUCCCCCGCCUCCGACUAUGUACCCGCCACACUACCCACCCGGCGACGGGCCUCCCCGCAGGCCACCGCCAGCUGACGGGCCGCUGACCUACAAGCAGUUCAUUGCUGACCUGGACGAUGACGUGUCACCUGCUGACGCCGAGAAGAGGUAUCUGGACUACAAGACCAAGUUCGUGGCGGCACAGAAGAAGGCGUUCUUUCACGACCACAGGAACGAGGAGUGGCUGCGAGCGCUCUACGACCCAGCUCGCCUUGAGAGCCUUGUGGACAGGCGCAUAGAGUGUGCGCAGCUGGAGAGCAAGCAGUUCCUUGAAAGCCUGCAGCGCGGCGACGCAGACCUGUCAGUACCGCAUCCCCUCACUCACUGCCUCAUCACCUCUCUGCUCACUCCCUCGCACACCUUUUCACGCUCUCUUGCUCUCCCUCUUUCCCUGCUGCUCGUGCCUUUUCUUCUUGUUGCACUCCUUCCCUCCCGCCCUCAUUGCUCCACUUCCUUCUCGCCUCGUUUCUCCCGUCUCAUGCCGUCACCUCACCCGACCCCAUGCCCUGCCUUCCCUCUCCGCCCCUCACGCUCUCCCUCCCCGGCUCCAAACCACCCCUCUCCCUCACCCACCAGCGGCCCCUACGCGGACCCGCGUGACCCGCUAGCAGCCACGGACGCGAGGCGGCGCAGCGCCUCCUUCCGCCCCUCCCUCACACACGACGCCGCCACCGCCGCCGCCUCUGCUCCACGCAUCCCCGCUGCUGCAGGGCAGGCGGCGCGCGUGGCACAUGAUCUGGAGAGGGCGCUGGCGCUGGUGGCCAAGCUGGACGCGGAGAAGGGGCUGUGGGGCGCGGAGGGGGGCAACUUCCUGCUGGGGGAGAACCAGGCGGGCGCCGAGGACGAGGCAAUGAAGAUCCGCGUGCCUCCGGGGGAGGGCGGCGGGGAGGCGCGGUGGCUGGCGGGCGUGGCGCUGCUGGACGCCGUGUUGACGUACCUGUGGCGUGUGCACGGCGCCGACUACUACGGCGGGACGGAGCUGCGAGGGCUGCCCAAGGGGCUGAGGCACGUGCGCGCGGAUGAGGGCGAGGAGAGCAAGCGCGAGGGCGCGGGAGGGGAGGGCGCGGAGGGGUACGAGGCGUGGGCGCGGCAGGUGGAUGAGAAGUGGAGGUUGCGCGUGGGGGCGGAGGGGGAGGACCCGGUGGUGGCGCUGGUAGGCAAGGCGCGCGUGGAGGCACGCAUGGGGGGCGCGAUGGAGGGCAUGGUGAGGAAGAUCAAGGACGACAAGUAUGGGUGGAAGUAUGGGUGCUCUGCCCCCGCGUGCUCCAAGCUGUUCCACGGGCCCGAGUUCGUGAUCAAGCACCUCAAGCUGAAACACCCCGAGCAGGUGGCGGAGCAGACCAACCGCGUGAAGGAGGAGGUGUAUGAAGAGAACUACAUGCGAACAGGAGCGUGUGGCUGUCUUGCCUCGCCAUACCGCCUGCUGCUGCCCAUUCCCCUCCACGUGGCCUCUCCCAUCAUUCCCUCUUCCUUCAUCCCGUCCGUCCUCCCCUCACUCCCACCAUGCAGCGACCCCAACGCCCCUGUCAGGGGAAGGGAGGACAGGGAGAGAGACAGGGAGCGGGAGAGGGAGCGGGAGAGGGGAGGGCACGGGCACUCGCCGGUGCCCAUGUCGGCCCGUCUGGGUGUGCGACUGCCCCCGCCCGCCGACCCCUUUGCCUUCCCUCCCGACCGCUUUGACCGCCCCCCGCCCUUCGACCGCCCUGCUGGCGGCCCCCCUCCCCCCAUGGGCGCCCCCCCCCUCGAUGCUGGGGAGCCCUUUCCAGGGGAGAGUGGGGGGCGGUACGAGGGGGAUGUGUUUGACCGUCGUGGGGGCAUUGGGCGGGGGGGCGAGGGGGAGAGGUACGAGAGGAGGGGGCGGGAGGAGGGGCCAGAGAGGAUGGAGAGGUUUGAUGGGGGCGGGGGAGGGGAGUUCAUGGGACCGGGGGGAGGCGGGGGGAUGUUUGAGGAGAGAGGGCCGCCCAUGGAGGGACCCCCCCCGCCCAUGCUCAUGGGCGGCCCGGGCGGGCCUCUGGAUGGGCCGCCUGUGUUUGACGUCUUUGACGGCCCGCCGCCCCCGCUGCCGCCCUUUGGGCCGCCCAUGCCGCCGCACAUGGGACGAGGCCCGCCGGGCGGCCCAGGAGGGCCGUUUGGUGGGCCGCUGCCGCCCGUGCUCAUCCCCGUGCCCGGUGCUGGCCCGCUGGGACCGUUCCUGCCGGCCCCGCCAGACCUGGCGGCGCGCAUACUGAGGGACCCCUCCUUCCGCCCGCCGCCCUCCCUCUUUGAUGGCUUUGACGGCCCACCGCCCCUGCCGCCUUUCGACGGGCCACCUCUGGACCUGCCCCCUGAUGCCCCCCUCCCCCCCGCCUCUGCGCCCGGCCCUGCUCCUGGCGGAGAGGAAGGGCGCUCCCCACCUCCCCCGUCAGGGGGCGGGGGAGGGGCACGAGGGGAGGCAGCACGGGGGAGAGCAGGGACAGGAGGGAGGGACGGGGGAGGGGGGAGGGCAAGAGGGGGACGGGAGGGCCCGUAUGGCAGCCCGGGGAGGUUUGGGGGGAUGGGCAUGGGGAUGAGAGGCGUGGGCAUGGGCAUGGGAGGGAUGGGGAUGGGGAUGGGCAUGGGGCCGAUGGGAAUGAUGCCCAUGAUGGGCGGGCCUCCUCAUGACCCCCGCGGCAUGCGCAGGUAUGGUGGCAUGCGCAGGUAUGGUGGCAUGCGCAGGUAUGGUGGCAUGCACAGGUAUGGUGGCAUGCGCAGGUAUGGUGGCAUGCGCAGGUAUGUUGGCAUGUUUGCAUGCAGGUAUGGUGGUGCUGGCAUGGAAAAUGAUAGGAUGGUUGAACCAUGCCAUGCCCAUCUCUCUGCUGCCACCACCCAUGUCUCUGCUGCCACCAUCCAUGUCUCUGCUGCCACCAUCCAUGUCUCAGGCAGUCAUCUUCGCCCCACCACCUCGUUCCUUUCUCGCUUCAUCUCAUCCUUCUCCCCUCCUUCCCGGGCUUCUGACACCUCUUUUGCUGCGCCGCCGACCGCAGCGCCAACCCCCAAGUCCACGUCACUCUAUAUCGUGCGCCUUCGCUCCGCCCUUCCCCUAGCCGCGUAUCGCGGUGGAAUAGCGAGCUUCCGGGGAUGGGUGGACGACGACGACGACGAUUUUGCCGGUCCGUCAGGUCUGCGUGCGACAGCGGAGACGGUUGCGCACGAGGCGUCGACGCUGGCCGGCAGCAUUCCGCGGCGCGCGCGGCUGAGCAUGGAGAACCCGCAGCUCAAGGCGUACGCGCAGAUGCUCGAGACGCAGCAGACGCGAAUCGCGUCUGACGUGGGCGUGACGUCAGACCGCAUCGUUUACAACUACAUGCACGCGAGCAACGGCUUCGCAGCAACCCUCUCCUCGCAGCAGGUGCGGCGGCUGCAGCGGCACCCGGCAGUGGCGGCAGUGACGCGCAGCCGCAGAGUCACGCCCCUCACCAUCGACUCGCCCACCCGGGUCGCUGUGGCCCGCGAAUGGCGGGCAGGAAAAGGCGGGCGAGGGGAUGGUGGUGGGAGUGGUGGACUCGGGCAUCUGGCCGGAACACCCCUCCUUCACCGAUGCCGCCUUCCCCUCCUCGCGCCCCGCUGGCUGGUCGGGCAAGGUGCGUCGUGUGCAGGGUACGUGGUGUGCAGGGUGCGUGUGAGAAUCUUGGCAGAAGCGGGCAACAAGGAAGUGCCCAUGGCGGGCGGCAGGGCGAGCGGCAUGGCGCCAGCAGCGCGCGUGGCAGCAUACAAGGUGCUGUGGUACGCGGAGGGCGCCUUCUUUGGCGUGCAGGCGGACAUGGAGGCGGCAGUCAACCAGGCCGUGGCGGACGGAGUGGAUGUCAUCUCGCUCUCGCUGGGCGGCGUGGAUGCCACACAGACCUACUUCACCCACAUGCCGUACCUCGCUGCUAAUCUGGCGGGGGUGCUUGUGGCCUUCGCAGCGGGCAACGGUGGCGCUCCGGGCUAUGACCCAAGCGGUUACCGCACGAUAGACAACUUCUCCCCGUUCUACCUCACAGUGGGGGCAAGCACCAUUGGGCGAGGCGGUAUAACCCUCAAGGCCGCUGCACCGCCACGUGCAGCUCGCAGCAACUCAUCAUCUGUCUCAGCCACCCGUGCAGCCACAGCCUACCCUGCCGUUGCCGAUUUCUCCUCCACCGGACCCCUCAGGGACCCUUCCUCGGACGCCACCGCCACGUUCCCCACCAACAGUAUCUUAAAGCCCGACAUUGUCGGCCCGGGCGUGGAUCUGUACGCUGCGUGGCCGGCUGAGAAGGUGGGGAAGCCAGGGAGCUACUCGCAGCUGUCAGGGACGUCGAUGUCAACGCCUCACUUGGCGGGCAUUGCUGCUCUCAUCAUGCAGAAGCACCCCUCGUGGAGCCCCGCGCAGGUCAUGUCGGCCAUUAUGACCACCGCCAAGACUACAGACACCAGCGGUGCUGCCAUCGAUAAUGGCUAUGGAGAGGCUGCUACUCCGUGGGAGAUGGGGUCAGGCCAUGUGUUCCCACCCAAGCUGCUGGAUCCCGGGCUCACAUACGACGCCCGUGCAGCUGCUUAUCGAAACUUUCUAGCUGGGCAGACCCCUGAAGCACAAGCAACGGUUUCCAUUCCACGGUUUUUCCCUGAGGAAAGCAUGUAG